AUGUCAAUGGUUAUGAGACUGCCCAAACACGGGUGGUCACAUCGUUGUAUUUCACGCCGUCUACUAAGUCUUGGCCCCGCAUCGAUAACCCAUCCUGUUUCAGAGUCCGCAAAGGUGCUCCGACACAUACAACACACCAAGAUUAUACCUUUUACAGAAGGGCUGGACAUACAAGAAAAGCUCGUAAGAGCCCAAUUGGAUUUGAAGAAGAUCCAUGCAAAGAUAAGGGCGCAGUUGGCAGAUUGGGAGAAGCAUCGGGCUGCUGAUGCUUCUUUGAAUCCUAACGAGUUACAAAUCAUCGAUCAGAUCUUUGCCAUGAAGCCGCAUCCAACUGUUCUCACAUUCGAGUUUGAACCCACCUAUACGGGUGGAAAACGGAUCAAGAAGUCAUUAACGCAGGAACAAGUUGCACAAUUUGAGAGCUUCAAGCCAGCGACCCAAGUGGACAACCCAGCACCCAAGUUUGUACAAGUGGAAAGAGGCGGAGAAAUCACCUUCCAUGGCCCAUCUCAGAUGGUAGCCUAUGUGUUGCUCGAUUUGAAAGAUUUUCACGACUUUUCUGCGAGGGGCCUGGUGAAAGCUAUUGAAUGGGCGACCAUUAAUGUACUGAAACAUCUUAAAGUUAACGACCGAGAAACUCUAGACAUCGAUGCGAAAUUGACCAAUAAGACCGGUGUUUGGGCUGUUGACGGUAAGAAGAUUGCUAGUCUUGGGAUACACGUGAGACGAUCGAUCACUUCUCAUGGUGUCGCGAUAAACGUCGAUACAGACUUAUCUUACAUGAACAGUUUUGAAAUGUGCGGGUCCCCCGGGGUGAAGGCAACGUCAAUCAAAGAGCAGAGACCUGACAUAGAUAAUAUCAGUACAGGUGACGUCGCAGUACAAUUUGUACGAGAACUAGCCAAGAUUCUGGGAAUUAACAUUAUGGAAAGAAUGGCCGCCGAAGAUUCGAAUGAACAAAAAUGA